AUGGGUUUUGAUGACCUGCAUUUCGGUGCGAACCUGACACUGGAAGUCGAAGAGACCGCGCGUCAGGCAAAGUGGAUGGAACAGCACGGUUUUGAGUACAUAUCCGCCGGCGAGCACUUCAUGCGAGGCGAUCCCCCAGGUCCGUCCCACGCUUCGCUGCCUGUGCUGGCUGUUGCGGCUGGAGCCACGACCUCCUUGCGGGUUCUGUCCUCCAUAGUGCUGAUCCCCUUUUACCAUCCGCUCAUGUUGGCCCGAAUGACUGCCACGUUGGACGCUGCCUCGAACGGCCGGCUGACCUUGGGCGUAGGCAUUGGAGGCGAAUACCCGGCAGAAUUCGAAAACUCGGGCCUGCAGGUGAAUCAACGCGGCAGGCGCACCGACGAGUGCCUGGAGGUUAUGACCCGUUUGUGGAAGGGCGAAAGCGUGUCCUUCUCGGGCCGGCAUUUUCAGCUGGACGGAGCGAUGAUCAACCCGCUGCCCUCGCAGAAGCCCCAUCCCCCAUUGUGGGUGUCUGGGCGCCGGGAUCCCGCGAUGCAGCGGGCGGCCAGGUUUGGUAACGGGUGGGUGCCCUACUUCUUUGACCCGCCACGGUACAGGGACAGUGUCGAAAAGAUUCACACGUUCGCCGGGGAAGAAGGUCGGAGCCUGACGGAUUUCGACUGGGCGUUUUCCCCUUAUAUAUCUCUGUAUCCAACGGAGCAGGAGGCCGCCGAGGUGGCGGCCCGGCAACUUGGCGGCCAAUAUCUGUACGGCGGGGAGUUCAUCAAUAUCGUGCGCAGGUAUUGCUUGCUGGGGACCCCGGAACAAUGUGCUGAACGCCUCAAUGAAUACAUCGAAGCCGGCGCUCGCCACAUUGUCUUCAGCAUAACCUGCCCUCCGGAGGACCGGGAACGACACCUGGACGAGAUCGCCGGGAAGCUGAUCCCGAUGUUUCGAUGA